UGCCGGUGGGUAAACGGCGGGGGCGUGUCUCUAGGUAACCCCGCGUGUAGUUACGGGAGAAACGCUGGAAUUGGGGCCCAGGCCAUGUUCUAUCCCCUGCUAAGGUUGUUUUAGUUCCAGAUCGAGCCUGCAGCCUAUUCGAGGCCGAGAACCUGAGCCUGACCCCGUCUCAGGUGUGCUGCGAUGGAAGUAGUGGAGGCCGCCACUGCUCAGUUGGAGACUCUGAAAUUCGGUGGCGCCGGCUUUGGGAUUGGCCCAGGGCAGGCAGUGCCAUCACCGAGUUCCGUACCGGUCCCAGAGACACCGCAGCCACCACAAUCGGAUGAGGUGCCUCCAGACACUGGGCAGGACGCGGAAGCUCAGCUAGCCAGGGACCAGCCGCCAGAACUCGCGCUGAGCAUUGCCGUUGGCGGGAACCCGCCACCUGGAGGGACCUGCGUCACCGGCCCCGGCGCUGCAGAGCUUGUGCGGAUACCAGAAUCCUUGGGGACCUCGGACUCGGAUUCGGACUCGGACAGUGAAACAGAUUCAGACAGUUCAAGCUCUUCCUCUUCCUCAUCAUCUUCCUCAUCCUCCUCUUCCUCUCAAAUAUCACUUCCUCCAGUGCUGUCCGAUGGAGAUGACAAUUCACAAGUUGACAAGGAAAAUAAGAAUUUUCCUGUUAUUAAAACAAAAGAUGAAUUACUUCUUAAUGAACUACCUUCAGUUGAAGAACUCACUAUUAUUCUGCCUGAAGAUACGGAAUUAAAGCCUCUUGGGAUAGUUUCAAGCAUUAUUGAACAAUUAGUAAUAAUUGAAUCUGUGACGAAACUACCUCCAGUUAAUGAGGACACUGUAGUUUUUAAAAGUGAUCGUCAGGCAGCAGGAAAGAUAUUUGAGCUAUUUGGACCUGUUGCACACCCAUUUUAUGUACUACGGUUUAACUCUUCAGAGCACAUUGAGAGUAAAGGCAUUAAAAUAAAGGAUACUAUGUAUUUUGCUCCAUCAAUGAAUAACUUUACUCAAUAUGUAUUCCCAGAAAAACAGGAAAAGGGGUCAGAUGCCUCAUGGGAGAAUGAUCAGGAGCCACCACCAGAGGCCUUAGAUUUCAGUGAUGAUGAAAAAGAAAAAGAAGCCAAACAGAGAAGAAAAAAUCGCAUGCAAAGCAGGAAAAAACUAAGAUCUGAAUUUAAUGAGUCAGGUGAAGAUUUGGCAGAAGUGCAUCAGAAUUGGAGCGCUGCGGAGCAUUCGACAGGAUACCGCAACAGAGGAUUCACACGAGGAUUUCCCCGGGGCAGACACCCUCCGCCUUGGCACGGCAGGCCCCCACCUGCGCAGUUUUAUCACUCGGAGCGCAUGGUGUCUCAGGAGACCUCAGGAUUUCCACCUCAGAGACAAGAGAAUCUCAUGCCACACUAUGCCUUCCCUCCUCCGAUGUUCGACAUGCAUAAUUUUGCACUCCCUCCUCCACCUCCACCCCCACCCCCACCCCCACCCCCACCACCCGCGUUUGUAAACAUGGGUUGGGCCGCACCGAACAUGGUGCCCCCCAUGCCCUACUCCAUACCCCCACCUCCUCCUCCCCCACCCCCGCCUCCACCCCCCCCUUCUGGAGACAACAAUUCUUAUUUUGGAUCUUACUAUUAGGUGAAUGAAUGCAUUUCCAGAGAAAUGUAGACUUUUUAUUUUAUACAGGAAAGAUUUUUCUUUUAUAUGGAAAGGAUUUUUUUUAAAGAAAGCAAUUAUGGAUCUAGAUUUUUAAAGCAUCGUCAAAAAAAACGGCUUCCUUUAAGUUGUAAGUUGAUAUAUAUAUUUAUAACAUUGGCAAAAUUGUAUCCGCAUGAAAAUUUUAUUUUAGAUGUGUAGGGGGGAUUCCAGUUGUGUAAUAUUUAAUUAGAACUUUGAAUCCGUGCUUUCCACAUCCCUGCCCGAUUAAACAGCAUAUUCAGGUUCAGCCGCAGUUCUGGAGCCACCUCCGUCACGGGUAGAACAGACAGCGCACCCAUCAUCUUGUUGGCGUAUCUGAAAAUACGAUGUUGAAGUCCUACUGCGGGUCUUUAAAAGAAACUAUUUUUAUAAACUUAUACUUUGGAAAUUGAUUUUGAUUGUAGUUACUAAUUACCAGUAAAAUUAAAUGCUGUAAUUAAAAAACAAGUGAAGUGUACGGAGAAGGGAAGCCUUAUAUAUUGGUAGAAGCUGUGACUGUCAUUAAAGGUUUUCAUUUUCUGUGCAGAUUUUCGUUAUUUGGGCACUUUUCAGGAGACUUUACUCUCUGACCAUGUAAAAGAACACAAAGCUUAUUCACAGUAAAGUAGUAUGUGCUCACAA